AUGGUGACCCCGGCCCCUCCCCCAGCCGCGGGACUGCCAAGAAGUGAGAGAGUGCAGCACCGGGGGCCGAGGAGAGAGAGCGAGAAGAGCCGGUCCGAGAUUUGCCGGGGCCGGGCGCGGGGGGCGGGGGGGGUUGAUAGAAACGUGGGGAAGUCGGUGGGUUUUGUUUUUGUUUUGUUUUGUUUUGUUUUCCCUGCGACGUGUCGAGUCCUCCGGCCCCGGCGCGAGCCGCACACGCCCCCCGGGGCAGGGGCUCUGACGGUCAAGUCCGCGCGGACGACGCAGUCGCUGCAGCUUCCGCGCCGGGAACCCACCUGUCCGCACCCGCGGGCUGAGCCUCUGCGGUUGGAUGUAGACGGGGGCCAGUUGUCCAGCCCAGCAGCCACCAGCCGGAAUGGAAGUGCUGAGGUGUUGAGAAGUGAAAAUGGAAGAAGGGAGAGGACCAAAGCCUUGGGGUGCAGCCCUGCCCCACUCCCAGAUGUUCCUUUAGGCCGCUUGCCCCGUGCGUCCAUCAACCCACCCCACCUUUCCCCAUCUGGGCUCCAGGUCCAGGACGUCCUGCCGAGAUCAGUGGGGCAAAAGGGUAAUUAUUACAUCAUCCUUGACAGGAAGACUGAGGGAUGGUUCCCUUUGAUCAAUUCCAAGACACAGACCGACAAGGCCUGGGGAAGUAGGGUGGAGAAAGGAGCAGAAUGCCUCCGCCUGGAUAGGAAAGCAAAUCACGUGUGUCCCUCGCUCAUCUCCAGCCAAGGCUAUAGUGUGAGUAGAAAGCUCUGGAAACACAGUGGCUCUCUUAUAGAUCACAGCAGCUGUUUUAUCAAGUAUGCUGUGAUGUUGGCCCUACCUGCAAAAUAUGAUAAAAUGAAAUCACCAAUGGCUCUUCCAAGAAAAGCAGAAAAUCAACAAAGCACUAUCAACUGAAGUUCUUUUAUUCCCUAGGUAGUGUUCAAUUUAUUCUGCAUUUUGAAAUUUUAUCUUGAUAUUACUUGCCACCUACAUACCUCAAAGAGGUAUUGUAAGGAUUAAAAUAAUGUCUUAAAGUGCUUUGAAA